AUGCUGACGUUAGUCGUAGAAUUCGGUCGACAAAGACGAAAAUUUGAUUUAAAACAUCCAGUUGAUAUUGGAUUACUCGAGAAUCAAAUCAAAUCCGCAUUCAGUGUCGAAGAUAAAUAUAAUUUGGAAUAUUUAAUUCAAAUCUAUGAUGAACAAAUUCAUGAAUAUUUGGAUCUGGCAUUGGAUUCGUUUGUUUCAACGAACAACAAUGUUAUUAAAGGUCAAAUGAUAUCGCGGCGAAUGGACAACUCAUUUCAAUAUCAACCAAAAGUGUCCAAACAGCAAGUUGUCGGUCUGAUUACUCUGGAAUCCGUCCAUACUUCUCUUCAACAAUGGUCACAGUUACUCCAGCAUAUUCAAGUGGAAAUUGGCAAAGAACUUCAAACAUUACAGGAAACAAUCAAUGCCGUGAAAUCUCACUAUCAAUUGAUCGACGAUUUACGUCUAGAUGAUCCCUCUCCAAUCUUUCCAUCAGUUAGUAAUUGUUCAUCACCAUCAACAGUUUCUCACCAUGUAAAUAAAAAUCUAUCAUCACCAGUAUUUCCAACGAAUGCAAACAAUUCUCAUUUACUUCGACCGAUACCUAAACUCGAGCAAAAUCAACAAAAACAACGUUACCAAACAAAUGGCAACCACACGAAUCGACGAGGAACAUACAAUGGUACAAAAGUAACAGCAAAUCGGGAGAAUCACUAUUAUCCUGCAACACAAAUUAUAACUCGAGCGUUGGAAUACAAUACUCCUGUUACCAUUACUUAUCAACGGUUUCAAACGGGCGUUGAUUUCGAAGGUGAAUUAUCGAAAUAUUACAAUCCAUCAUAUUUCUUUCUUCGAAUCUCCAAUCAAAUCGAAUCGUAUAACGAAAUGCAUGAAACUAUCAAUUCGUACUAUAAUAGCACCGAUAUGAAUAAAACUUUUCUUCCUCAACCAGGUGACUUUUGUGUUGCAAAAUCACCAAACGAUGCGAACUGGUAUCGAGCAAGAAUCAUUCGAUUGGUUGGAAAUGAAAAAUCUCAAUUGAUAUUCGUUGAUAGCGGUGAAAUCGGUGAAUUGAGUGUGAAUUUAAUUCAACCAUUGCAUAACCAAUUCACAGAUCGACCAGCUCAAGCACUUGCCUGUUCAUUAACACAAGUUCUUCCGUUCACACAGAACGAGAAAUGUGGAUGGAAUCGUCGUGCAUGUAUGAGUUUAGAAAAUUCCCUACGAACAGAACGUUUGGCAUCUGGGAAAGUUUUAUUAAAAGUAACUAUUGCUGAUAUGACUCAAGUGAAAUGGCCAAUGAUGUUUAUUCACAUAUCAACGCCAACAAUUUCUAAUUUAACAGAUCAUAUGUGUGAUUUAUACCUGGGUCGACGAGCGAAUAAUUCGGAUGUUAGCGAAUACUGGUCAGCGAAAAUUCGUCCUGAACAAUUCGUUUUGUUUAAUAUAUCUUCAUUAAUCAAUCAAAAGCAAUAUUUUGUUAUUAAUAUACGUCAACUUAAUUUGUCUUUCGACCAAGCCAUUGAUUUAAUCAUCGGUGAUUUGGAAUUCUUUUCUCGUUAG